GGUAAUAAGGUGAUGCUUCAAAAUAUGGAUGACAAUUUGAAUCCACCCCGUCGGACAUUACCCAACCUAACCUGCGAUGGAACGGGUAUUAUUCGACCGGUUGUAGUGUGGGGCGGGACAUGGGGUAUCUACUUUCGACGCGCCUUGCCCCCCUCUGUUCUUUGCUUAUUAUAUUCCAAUUUCUUGCAGUAUCUAUUCAUAUGUAUCCUAUUUUGACUUUCUUCAACUAGUUAGACCUGAUCUUUAAACUAGCUAGACUCAAUUACCCAUUUUAUUAUCACCUUGUUUCAUUCAUAAAGCAUUUCCUCCUCUGUUUUAUUGUAAAAUGUAAAAUUUGCGUGUAUUUGUUUCAAAUAACAUAUAAGAGUGGAUCGACAUGCCCCGCCCCAACCCACAGUAGCAUGUUGCGAGACAUGGGUGUUGAGGUACCUGCCUCGUUCCAUUGCCAUCACUACUUCAAAUCCUUUCAUGUUGUUACGCCAUCAAAAGUGCGCGGUUUUGGGUUGUCUUUUCUUCACCGUGUUCCAUUUAUCUCAUCCACCUUUUAACCCUUGCUUAGUUUUCCACUUUAUUGUUUUGAAUAGUUAUUUGUCACCCACGUAUUUACUAUUUGCCGCCCAUAAUUUUGAAAAGGUCUAUUUUGCCUUUCAACACUUUAGACACCUAACUAAACUGCCCAUCCUCUUGCUGCUGCCAUAAGAACCGAUGGUAUGGUUUUGCUGCUGCCACCUAGAUCGUUGAAAACUGGAACCGCCGGCCUCAACUUAUUAUUUUUCUCUACGCAAAUCUCGGAUCGGAUUCACCAUCUCCUUCCUCUUUUUUUCCUGCAGUUCCCUGACAAAUCACCUUCCUCUUUUUUCUUCCGCGACGAUUACUCCACCAUCUUCAUCCGCUUCUGCACUCUUCGUCUCCUCCUUUUUUUGCAGCGGCUAAGACCAGGGAAUCACAGUGGGAGCAAGACCUGGUCGGAUCGGACAAAAAAGGAUGGUCCGACUGCGACAAUCGGACGGGGGAUGGGUGGUCGUCGCCGGAGUACAGACGAAGAUGGGUGGUCUGACGCCUGCAAUCGGACGAACGGAGAUGCACGGUCUGGAUUUGAAGUUCAGACGAAAACGUGCGGUUCGACGUUGGAGUUCAUACAAAAUUGCCAUGUCCGAGCUCUUGUAUCAGACCGGUCGUUGGCCAGGUCGCCAGCGUCCGAAACCUGGCUUUGGACGGUAGCCACCGAUGACUAAAUUAAUUAAUUUAGUAAUUAAAUAUUAUAUUUGAUAAUUGUAAAAUACCAUAAUUAUUGUUUAAUUCCAUUUUCUUAAUUAGGUUUUUCUCAACUAAUCAAGCUAAUUGGGGAAAUUGUUUUAAUCAAGGUAAUUAGGUUUUAAGACAUCUCAUGAGCUCUAAACGAGUCAGGCUCACGAGUUGAGCUCAUCAAGUCACCAAGUUUAGUUAGCUCGCGAGCUGCAAAAGGCUAAGUUCAAACUCGGCUCAUUAGUAAACGAGUCGAAUUUUGAACGCCGAACUGCUCGCGAGCAGCUCGGCUCAUUUGCAUCCCUAAUCCUAGGUGCUAAACCCGUUGUAUCUAAUAAUUAGGGGUGUCAAACGGAUUGGUUACCGUGGUAACCAUAUUAACCGGUAGCAUUUGGUUAAUUUAGAUAAUUGGUUUGGUUGGUUAAACAAUUUAGCUAAUUUGGUUUAGGUGGUUUGGUUUGGUUUCAACACUGCUAACCAAUGAAACCAAUUAACCAAUUAAUGAUACACCUAAUAUACAAAAUUAUUUAUACUUCCAUGCAACCAACCAAACCAAACUUUCGUGAUUCCUAUUUUAUUUCCAUGUGCACAAGAAACCAAAGCAUUAUGGGUCAAAAAUUAAAUGAGACUGUCUAUUUACUAAACCAAAACAUUUUGGACAACUACUAGACUUUUGGAUUACGUACAAUAUCAUGACAGCCACCUCAAACUAUGUAUAGUUUAAGUGUUUUGUAUGAGAGGUUUAACUUUCUGAUGAGUGGUGUUGGUAUGUAUUUAAUAUUUAUGUUGAGAAUUUGUUGUAAGAUAACUAUAUUAGGUGCAGAGAUGAUGAAUGAUGUAUUAACUCGAAUGAUGAUGAUAAUCAUGGAUGGUUAGUCUUAUUAUCACUGCUUAUAUAUAAUGAUAGUUUAUGAGAGUAAUAACAUAUGGUUAUGUUUAAUUCAUUAACAAGAUAAUUAUUUUCAUGUUAUGUUAUGUUAUGUUAUUUGGUUAAUCCGAUUAACCAAACUAAUUAAAUUUUGGUUUGGUUAAUUUGGUUUUCAUGUUAAUUUGGACGAUUUGGUUAAGACAUUUUAUUCAUGAUUAAUAAAAUUUAGACUUAAUUGGUUUGGUUAUUACCACGGUAACCAUUUGAACACCCUACUAAUAAUUCCUCAUUUGUUUAAUGUAUUAUAUUAUGGACUUUGUAAAAAAAAAAAAAAAAAAAAAACUUUGUCAAAAAAAUGUAUUAUAUUAUGUCGCCUAUUUCAGUGACAGUCAUGCAUUCCUUUACCGAGAAAACAUACUUUGGUGUUUGCAAUUUAGGCAAGGGAGGUGACCUGGCUGCUAGUGAUGGCGAUUCCGGCGGAGACACAACUUUGAUAUUCUUCACUGGACUGCGGCUCCCCCAGCAAUGGCGGCGAGCGAAUUCUCAACCGGGUGCUACUCGUCGGAGCUAAUCCCGCCGCACAUACGAGCAACUCUCCGCCAACUCCAUUGCCACUCCUCAUUGAUCGCUUCCUCCGCUCGCCAUUACCAGGAGAUCGAGGCUCACCUCGACUCUGCCGCUGCCACCAUGGACGAGCGGCGGAGGGAGCUUGAGUUGAAAGAGAAGGAGUUGGAGAUUGCCCGGACGGCGGUGGAACGGAGGUCCCUAGAACUGGACGCGAGAGAGGAAGCUUUCGAGCUGGUCCAGAAGAAGGAGAUCGCCAACAUGCGGAAACAUAUGGAGGCGGAGAAGGAGUCGGUGGAGAGGAAUCUGAGAGAGCUCGAGGAGAAAGAAGAGGAGCUGGAGAUGCUGGGGAGUUACAUCGAGGAAAGAGGGAUUGUGGUCAGGGAAAAGGAGCUCGCGGUCGAGGCGAAGGAGAAGGAAAUCGAACGGAUUUCUAUCGAUUUGAAGUCGAGGGAGGGAGAGUUGGAGAAGAAUUUGGGUGAAUUGAGAGCGAAGGGAGAAGGAUUCAUUGAAGAAACGGAAUCCGGAAUUCACGAUCAUAAUAACCCAAGAUCCUUGAGGAAGUCUUUUGAGGAACAGCCGAAAGAGCUCGAGAUAAGCCGCAAGGAAAUGGAAACAGUGGCGACUUCGCUUUCCAACACUAUCUCUGAGCUCCAGGCGAAAGAGAAACAGUUGAUUAAGGUAAGGAACUUGAUUGCUCAGUAUACUGUUGAAUGUGAACUGAAAGAGAAGCAGUUGUGCAUGGCGGAUAGGGUGCUUCAGGAUAAGGAGAGGGACCUGGGUUCUGUGCAACAGGUGCUGGAAGAACGUAGGGAGGAACUUGUGGGCAAAGAGAAGAUACUGGGUUACUUGCGGAAUUGUCUGGCGGAACAGUCAAAUGAGCUUGAUUUAAGGCGGAAUGAAAUGGAGAAAAUCACUAAGUUGCUCUCGGUUUCUAGUUCAGAGCUCCGGUCAAAAGAGAGGGAGAUAGCUGAGGCAAGGAACUCCAUUACAGUCUGCAACGCUGAGUACGAAUUGAAGGAGAAGCAGUUGGGUAUGGUGGUUGAGAAGCUUCAGCUUAAGGAGAAGGAAAUGUGUUCUGUUCAACAUAGGUUGGAAGAAUGCGGACAGGAACUCGAGAGUAAGCAGAAUCUAUUAGGUUCCCUACUAAGUAUAUUGGACCUGCUCAGGGAGAAGGUUGGUGCGAAAGAGGAAGAAUUGGGAUCUCUGCAGAAGUCUAUUGAUGAGCAGAGAAACCAAAAGGAAGCUGGAACUGUAGAUGGAGCCCUUCCCUGUGAAAGCAACCCAGAUUCCCCCCUAAAAGAGACAUCGCUGCCUUAUUUGAUCGAUGAUGAGAUCUCUACUGCAAUUCAGCAGUCACCAGACCCAGCAAAGAUGAUCUUGGACCAGUUAAAAGAGUCGAUGUCCCAGAUCGAUGCCAAGAAGUACAACCAAACUGUAGUAAGGAAAUGCAUUGUUACGCUGGAGCAGUUAUUGGGAGUCUCGGGAAAGGUAAGUCCUGAGAUGGAAGAAGCAGCAACAAGACUGGCUAUUGCUUGGAGGGGGUAUUUAAGUCAGGCAGCUCAUGGUACAGUAGAUGUUUUGGCAUUCCUCUUGUUUGUGGCUGCAUUUGGAGUUGGCUCUCAUUUUGAAGCAGAGGAUACGUUGCAAUUGGUCGAGGAGAUUGCCCACCAUGAAAGAGCUCCUGAGUUAUGCCGUUCCAUUGGACUUGCAAAGUGGAUACCUGGACUCAUCCAGAGACUGAGCGAGAAGAACAUGCAUAUGGAGGCCAUUAGAUUCACUUUGGCAUUCAAGCUAGCUGAAAAAUUCCCACCAAACCUUUUCCUAUUGGACUACUUGGAGAAGACAAGGAUCUUUGAGAAUGGGAACGACUUGCUUGAAUCACAAUGCCAGGCCCUGAACAACCAUCUCGAUUCCUUAAAAGUUAUCUCACAGCGUGUGGCAGGAUUUGGUCUCGACCCGAGUUUCUUGAACCAGAAGAUCAGCAACCAUCUCCAGGAACUGGAGACUGGAGUGGGACGCAAAAGAAGUUGCUUGAUAGCAACUGGUCUUGUUAUACAGAGCCCACUGCAUGCUGGUGCAACACUUUCUGGCAACAUAUUGGAGCUGGGAAGUUGGAAUCAACAAGGACAAAGUAACAAGCGGCCGAAGAAGAGCUAGAGCUAGAGAGUGUGGUAUGUUUAUCGUGCAAGUAAAUGUGAUAGAUUAUA